UCAAUGAUUUUUAAUAUUUCUCGACCGCAAAAAGUCUAGAUUGUUCUCGGUAAUUUGCACGGAAAUUACUAUCAUAGCCUAGGAUAUCGCCUUACUUGAGAAAUGUUCAGACGAAGUGCUCCCCAGGACCUCAUCAAUGCUACUGAAAGGAACCUUCAACCCAUCGUUCAGAAGUAUCUGGAUAAGGGGAUUAACCCAAAUGUUCGCACCCACAUAGAUCCCUGGUACCAAGGUCUACAAUUAUUGGCACUUGCCGCUAUUCAUGGACACGUAGACUUACUUAAACUUCUUCUUGAACGUGGCGCAAAAGUUGAUGGGCUAGAUCUCAGUCGCCGCACCGCAUUAUCCUGGGCAGCGGAACAUUGCCAGUAUGGAGCCGUGAAGGUGCUGGUUGAGCACGGGCCAAUGUCAAUGCAGAGGAUGUAG